AAAAAAAAAACCGAAACUGAGGGAAUUAUACUUUCGGUUUUGAUCGUAUUUACAUUUCACUAAAUGUGCUUCAGUUUACGAAUUUUAAGCAGUCAGAAUGUGAAAUUCGCGCAGGACGUUUACAAUGUUCAUAUACUUGAAUCUUCUUCUGCUGCUGUUUACCUUCAUCUAUCAGAGCGGAACGCCUCCUGUAGGAACCAGCACUGUACCGGUGUCAGGAAAACACGGAGACAAUGUCACACUGCCAUGUCAAUUAGAGGCCACAAAGAUUUCUGAUAUUAGUUUAAACAAUGUGUCCGAAAACAUCCCUGUGUGUCAGACGGAAGAAUGCAGCGGACGAGUAUUGAAACGGGGAAACUGUGACAUCGUCUUCAAGGAUCUGUGCUUCAGUGAUGCUGGGACAUACUUUUUACACGUCUUUUACAAAAAUGAUCAGAAAAAGCUGAAGCGACGGUUGUGGGCGUACCAGCUUCAUAUUCACGACGAGAUCUCGGUGAAAACCGGCGAGGAGCGGAAACUGGAUGUUCUUUCUAACGCUAAUCAAGUGGUGCACUUGACCAGAAACAGAAGGAGUUGGAGAGAGGUCUGGAGCAGAGUCGGCGGAGCUCAGAGCGAUCAGAUGACCGACGCUGAUGGGACUCUGACCAUUAAAGAGUUUACAGCCAACGAUGCAGGAACAUACAGAGUUCUGGACUCUGAAGGAGAAAUCUUGAUCACACUGACACUCACGGAAUCAGAUUCAAAGGGAGAAAGCCACGACACGGAUGAUGACAAGCCUGAUAACACAAGACGACGCGCUGUUUCGUUUUGGAUUAUUAUUGUUGGACUGACUAUAGUUCUGGCCUUAAUGAUAUGUCUAGUCAUAUAUAGAAAAUGUCAUUGAUACAAUAUAUAGAAAAUAUCAAAGAACAAGCGGUGAAGCUAGCGUAACUUAUGCCUUCAGAACCGACGGGAUAUAUUUCUGCAGCGUAUGUUUCAUUUACAAAACAUGAUCAUUUGGACUGCACCGCGUUUUGCUGGAUCUGCAUUCGUGGAUUUUUCUAAAAGACUGUUUUUUUUUGCACUCCUUCCCACGCCACACUGUGACAGAAGACUGGACCCUAAAAGAAAAGUAAGAGGCGUGCUUCCCCGCAUUUCGUCUUUCUAUUUUUGCCAGUUGUUACUUCUUGCUUUUGUCCCGUCAUGAAUGAACGGAGCAGGGGGCUCUCGAGGACCACACUAAUGAACCUCACGCACUCCCCGGACAGAUAGCUCUGCUCACGUUGAUCGUUUAUCUCGCUUUUAAACCCCUCCAGACGAGCGCAGGCACUGGAUCUGACCGGGGAUGGUCCUCGAGAGAGAGAGAGCCUCGCUGGCUUCGAGUGGGUGCUGGUGUCAUGCAGAUCUAUGCUGGUCCCGUGCGCCCUCAAGUGUUGAGUGACUUAGUAAAAGACUGUUAUUUGUCUUUGUGCGCUCCUUACCACACCACGCUGUGAUGGAGACUGCAUGCUCAUGUGUAUAGGUCACAGCUGCAACUCCUUGAAGGACAUAAGCACCACGAGGAAUGCCUGAAGAAGUACUGAGACUAAUCGCUUCCUGUUUUUUUAGUGUGACUGAUCAGCCUGACCUACACAGGCCCACUGGACGAGAGAGAGAAUAUUACAUGCACACACACAAUAUAAAAAUUACAUAUUUUAAUUUUCUUUUAUAAUGCAUAUUUAAUAAACUUGAGUCUUCAUCUGCUUUGGUUUCUCCUUUUGCCGUCUUGUCUAUUGGUGUAUUUGCAUUCUUUGUAAAUCUGCUUUUGAAAGAAUGCAUUAAGAAAAGCAAGACUAGUUUCUUUUUUCUCUGUAAGAAUUCAAACUCAGGGUUUCCACGGGUUCUUUAGUCUUAAAUUCAGUUGAAUCAAACUUAAGACUGUUAAAAAAAGCGUCUACAUGUAAGUGUAAGGGUAAUUGAUUAUUCAUUGUAAAUCUGCUUUGAAAUCUACAUGUAUGUGCAUGAACCAAAAAAUAAACCACUAAAUCAUUUCAA